AUGGCGGCGCUGUAUGGAACAUCCAUGAGGAAAGCGUGCUUUGCCUGUCGGAAUCUCAUUCCUGGUGUCCGGAAUUCCCUUUCUUUAACUCCUUCUUGGGAGAAAUCUCAUCCUCUCCCUCUAUCGAAUCAAACUCAAGCACUCCUCUAUUCUGCCUUCCCUGUCCGGACUUUCUCAAGCAGCCUGGUUUGUGGCAUAGGGCAGAAGAAAUCACUGGAAUCCAUGCUUGGUUUGCCUGAACCCCCUCAGCGACCUCAUACACCAUAUUUUAACUUUUGGCUCCAAAAAAGGAUAGAGCUUAUUCAUGAAGACCCUGAACUCUCUCCUCGUGAAGUGACUCGACAAAUAGCAGAGAUGUGGAGAGAAAUGAGUGUGGAGAAGCGAGCAAAGUAUGAAGGUGGGUAUCAGGAAGCACAGAGGCAGUUCAAAGAGAAGCUCCAAGCAUACUAUGAAGGUAUUUCAGAAGAAGACAAGGCAAGGCUACGAGAGGAGCGUCAUAAGAUGAGGGUUCAACGUCAAGUUCGCAAGCAGAAGUCUGAGCUCCGCCAGAAGAUGAAGGAACUGGAAAAGCCUAAAAGACCCAAGACUGCCUUUGCACUGUACAUUCAGUCAAAGACUGACAUUGCUCCUAGGAAACCAGGAGACUCAAAUUUCUUGAAGCAACGUGCAGCAGAAUGGAAUGCCAUGUCAAAUGAGGAGAAGUUUAGUUAUGUGGAAGAAAGUCAGAAAGCAAAGGCAAGGUAUGAGAAGGAGAUACGUUCAUGGGAGGAGGAAAUGGUAAAGCAGGGACAUGUUGAUGUGGUACGUGGGAAAGCUCGUCUGGAUUCCUCUAUUGGAGAGGAGACUCACAAAGAGGAGGACAAGGGAAAAAAGAAGAAGAAAAAAGAGAAAGGGGAAGAGGCUGAAGGGAAGAGAGGAUAGAUCUUUCGUGUGCACCAUGAUCCCUUCAAGACACUGGGCUAGUUAUUGCUGCUCCUGCCUCUUGUGAUGAUUUCUCUUGUUACCCAGCCUUUUGUGAUCUCAGGAGAGACAGUUUGCCUCAGUUCAUGUACACCAAGAUGAUAAUGGUUUGGCAAAUAUUGGGCUUCCAAGAAAACCCUGUGCCCUGCAUAGACUCUUAAACUGAAGUGCUGACUUAUAUUUUUUCUCAGCAUGGUUGUUUCAACAGCAGCUGUUUGGAUACUAUGAAUCCAGGUGUCCUCAUGCCUCCUGAUUAUAUAGGGCUCUAUUGAGAUUUGAAUGACGUUUUGGAUUACAUGAAGUUGCUAUUGAGGAAAACACUGGUACAGUGUCAAGUGCAUGUUUCAAUUUCAUUCAAUAAUUCAUCACUUAGCUGAAUGACAGG